CUUUGAUUCCUGGAGAGCAUUACACGUUAAGUCCCAUCCCAGGCCUCCAGUCACGGCAACCACACGACUCAUUUCCCCUGGAACUGAGGCUACUUACCUGGGCUCCCCACGGAGGGAGAUGAUGCAGGGAGGGGAAUCCCACCUGCUGUGAGUCACCUGCUAGUAUAAAGGGCGGGUCUUACAAUGCAGGGAGCUUAAAAAGAGACUCAGAGACAAGGGGAGAAAAUCUACAGAAAGCAGCUCAGAAACUUGGUGAACGACAGAGGGAACCAAACCAGAGACGCACAGAACAAAGAGAAUCAGGCUCAGAGCAAGGGGAAGUGGACAGAGAUUCCACAGGGACUGCAAGGCACAGAGCCAGCCAGAUCUGAGAAGCAGGCAACGAGAUGCUGGGGAGCAGAGCUGUGCUGCUGCUGCUGCUGCCCUGGAUUGCUCGGGGCCGGGCUGCGCCUCAGGGCAGCAGCCCUGCUUGGGUUCGGGGCCAGCAGCUCUCACAGCAGCUCUGCAUGCUGGCCUGGAGUGCACAUCAACCAAUGGGACAUGUGGAUCUACCAAGAGAGGAAGAUGAUGAGACUACAAAUCAUGUCCCCCAUAUCCAGUGUGAGGAUGGCUGUGAUCCACAAGGACUCAGGGACAACAGUCAGUCCUGCUUGCAAAGGAUCCACCAAGGCUUGGUUUUUUACGAGAAGCUGCUGGGCUCAGAUAUUUUCACAGGGGAGCCUUCGCUACUCCCCGAUGGCCCUGUGGGCCAGCUUCAUGCCUCCCUACUGGGCCUCAGGGAACUCUUGCAGCCCGAGGGUCACCACUGGGAGAUUGAGCAGACUCCAAGCCCCAGUCCCAGCCAGCCGUGGCAGCGCCUCCUUCUCCGCCUCAAGAUCCUUCGCAGCCUCCAGGCCUUUGUGGCUGUAGCUGCCAGGGUCUUUGCCCAUGGAGCAGCAACUCUGAGCCCCUAAGCCAGCAGCUUAAGGAUGGCACCCAGACCUCCACGGCUCAGCAAUGCUAAGAUGAAUUUAUCAGCCUAGACACCUGUGAGCCAACAAGUUAAUCAGUCCAUUAAUUUUAACAGGACUUGCUCUGUUGAAAAAUUACCAAAACUGACUUAUGAUGCUGACCUAGAACAGGGUGAAUAUUUAUUACAUGGGAAGGGAAAUUUUGGGAUUAUUUAUCGUCAUGGCAGCAGUUUGGGGAGGAGGAUUAUUUAUUAUAUUUAUACUGAAUUAUGCACUUUUUUCAAUAAAGACUUAUUUAUGUGGAUAUCUAAGUCUAAUUUCUAGGCUUGUUAGUAAAAAGAAACAGAACGGAAAAACAGGGCCAAAGGACUACAAAAUGCAUCCUUCUACUCUGCAGGGCUACGGUGGAGAGGGAUCUUUCCUCAU